AUGGAGAACAGCUGUCAAUCACUGCCACCCUUCUCACAACCCACUACUCUCGGAGGGUCCCUGCCAUUCUCCUCCUCACCUCAGCAGACCUCCUCAAAUGUCUCACUCCCUCUAUCACCCAUCUCCUUCCCCCUGUCCCCCAUCUCACUUUCUCCAGCAACAGCGGAGUCUCUUCACUCGUCCUCUCCCCUUUCACACUGGGCUGCAUCUCAUUGUCUCACUGAAGGACAAAGCGUUGGGCAGGAAAGUAUACCUGACCAGAAUGACCUGACCUGUCUCAGCUGGCUGCACCAGAGAGGCAACCUUCUUCCUCUGCAGCCUCUUGCCAAAAUGACUUCACUGCCACAGCAGGAGCCCUGCACACCUGCACAGGUUCUUCACCCUCCUGCGUCCUCCAAACCUCCAUACUCCUUCAGCAGUUUGAUUUUCAUGGCAAUAGAAGAUUCUCCACACAAAAGGCUUCCAGUGAAGGAGAUCUACAACUGGAUUGUGAAUAAUUUCUCCUAUUACAGGACAGCUACAGGGGGCUGGAGGAACUCUGUGAGACACAACCUGUCCCUGAGCAAGAGCUUCCGCCGCAUUCAGAGGGAUAAGAGCCAGGUGGGCACACAACUUUCAGUGGGGAAGGGGUCGCUGUGGUGUGUGUGUCCAGAGUAUCGACCGGCGCUCCUGGAGGUGCUGAGAAAGACUCAUAGUUAUCACAGCACCAACAGUAAUCUGAUCGACAAGCCUGCACUGUUAGAAGGAACUGGCUACGAGGCGCCUACAGUGUGCGAUUCCAUGGACUUUUCAGAUCCUCUUUCUCACACCAUGCUCCUCUCCACUUCCUAUCCCGAAAUCCUGACCACUGAUAAUCCAGCUUUCUCUGAAAAUGCACUGUGCCCUUUGACGCCAGACCACGAGGAACUGGUCACCAUGGAAUCGACUGAAUACCUGCAGGACGGGGUCAGUGAAGACAUGGAGAAAGACCCGCUGUCAGACAGUGGGUACAUUGAGUUACACUAUUAUCAGUCCGAUCAGUAUCAGUACCUGGUGCUGCCGAGCGACACCGAGCUGGACCUGGAGACUGUGGAGAUCCUGCAGCUCGAUGUCGAGGCUCAGGAGGCUGCCGGGUCACUGCUGGACCUGGCAGGAGGUGGAUAUUAA